CAGACCGUCGAUUUUCAUUCAGAACAAAAAUCACAGCUUUUGGAUUCAUUCCUAUUUCGCCGGCAUAUUUCCCUUAUUUAAUCCCUUCGCGCCAUUCUUCAAACUCUUCUCCAGAUUUCCUCCUGUAAUUCGAUGAGGUGCUACCUUAUGCUUUCACAGUUCAUCUAUGGCUUCCACGAGUCAGAAGAAGCAAUAUGAACUCAGAUCUAUGGAGAUCUGGAUUACAGAUCGAUGUUAUACACCGUUGCUCCUUUUGUUCCACCUGAUAAACAACAGUGUGUUUGAUGCGCCUCCGAUUUGAGAGUCGGCAAAACGGUUUGUUGUAUAUUUUAGUAGCUGAUUUAUUUUUUGAGUAAUUAUUUCAAAUGAAUCGCAUCUGUUUGCUCAUUUCAAUAUAUUGAAUGUAGAUUGUUUAGAGUAAGAGGGGUUGUAAAUUGCUAAAAGGUUGUGGGUAACGGUAAACAGAAGUUUUGUGUUGAGUUGUUGGGAGAUGUGAAGAACUGACAGUCGACGCUUGGUGAGAUUUUGUGAGGGAAAAGAAAGGAGCGGUGAAAAAAAUGUAGUGAUGAUUCUGUUAUUGUCACCCGACCUUUGCCUUGACGGGUGCGCUUGCAUGGCAGGUCAAAAAAACCUAAUAAAAUUCAUAUUCUUUGGGUUUCGGGGGGAGAUGGCACGGGAUCAACUUUUAAGUUUAUUUUGCCCAGCUCUCCCCCCUGUUGUGUCUUGUGUCUUUGCUUUUGUUUCUUUUCUUUUUAUCCUCUCUACAUCUUUGUUUCGCACUCCUUAUCAAUGGUUGGCUUAACGACAUAAAUGAUGCAACAUUGCUUUCAAUCAAAGAAAAUUGGAUAAUCAACUCAACUAAUUUCAGUAGAUUGAAAGUGGCAUUCAAUUUUGGAAAGGAAAUGAUCUACAGUAUGACCAUCGCACACAUGAGGCACAUUCCUUUGCAAACACUCAAAGGUAGAAUCUGUAAGGUAAACCUCCAUUUAUCUUCUCUGCAUGGCCAUUUCACAAGUGUUGAUGUUUUAAUUUAAUUAUUAAUCUCUAUUUCUCAGAUUGGUUUUUGCAAUGUCCCAGUGUUCCUCUGCUGGCUUAGACAUGAGUUACUA